AUGUGGGACGACAAAUUAGGAUGCUUCUUCAAACUUAACGCCAGGUCUUCCGCACCGUCAGCCGAUGGUCAAGUUGACUACAAUCACUCCUCAGAUAAGGAGUAUGUUAGGUUAAGGGGUUUGGCAGAUCAGGCGCAUAAAAGAAGAACCGAGCUGUCUAAGCAGUCCCAGGAGGCAUAUCAGUCUGGUGAUGGGGAACGAGCCCACCAGCUGUCUGUAAAAGCUAAGGAGUAUCUGGCACAGGCGGACCAAUACAACCGUCAAGCUGCAGAGUAUGUAUUUGUCGAGAAUAAUGCUGACAGCGAGGACCACGAAAUCGAUUUGCACGGACUCUAUGUGAGAGAAGCUGAGUACAUUGUCAAACAAAGAAUCAGUGCCGCUGUACAGCGUGGGGAAAAGCGUUUGAGCAUUAUUGUUGGUAAAGGAAAUCAUUCUACUGAUGGAGUAGCCAAACUAAAGCCUGCUGUUGAAAAGUUGUGUGAGGAGGCUGGGCUUCAUCAUGAGGUUUCCAAGAAGAAUGCAGGAGUCAUAGAAGUUGACUUAAGUGAACCUUCACGGAUACCUGCGUCUUGGGGCCAACAGUCGUCGGAGCCUCAGUACGCCCAAUCCCAUGCUAUUCCUACUGGGGUUUACAACCAACAACAGCAACAAUCAGCACCACAACAGCAAUCUGCCUCUUCAGGCUCCUCCAUCGAUUGGAAGCUGGUUGUCAGAGUUGUCAAGUCUAUCAUUAGAUGUUUCAAAUAA